CACCAGCAUGGGGCCAGCAUGAGGACACCCCCCCAGUCUGGCCACUGGCCACACCUGGGUACAACACAGCCCACCUUGGCCGAGUCUCAGCAGCUGCAUCCGGCACACUUGGGGGUCUGCAGCCCCAGGAGGUGGAAGUCCACUCUGCACUGCUCCCAGCCCUGCCCCUCCUUCAGGCCCCUGCCCACCCCCCAGCUGUCAGCAGCGCCCAGCCUCCACCCCCUCACCACCCCCACAGCCGCUGUUGCCAUGAGAACCCUGCAGGGCGGGCAGGAGUGCGCCAGUGAAGGGGGAGGUGGCCAUGCUGGAGGCUCCUGUGCCCGGGAGCUUUGUGGCCCUGGGGCAUGGAGCAGUGCCAAGGCCCACAGCAAGCUGACCCCUUAGGAACCUGACCCCUUAGCCCACAGCCUGCAAGAUGAGGGCUGGCUUCAGGCUUCCCCUAGGGAUGUGUCAAGGGUACCGAACUUGCCUGGACCACACCACGGAUGGCUGUGUUGGGUGUUCACGGCCCUGCUUUGAGCAGGAUGCAGAAUGGGGUCAGUUCUGCCUUCAGAGCCAAGGGCAUCUACUGCCCAACCUUCUGCCAAGCUAGGCUAUUCUCAGGCCCAGUGCCUUGGAGAGGGGGCUGGCAGAGUUGGGAUGAGGAUGUUACCGGGAAGGUUACGGAGGGUCACGUGCAGACCCCAGGCUCAGAACAGCCCAAGCUGGCAGGGACACUGGGUACAGGAGAGGCUGGUGUCCUGGGGACACAGGAGGCUGCUGGGGCCAUCUGGCCACAGGUACCCACCAAGAUUCUGGCAUGGGCAGCCUGGAAGCAGAUAGGGCCUGGGGGGAGGCCAGCAGGGUGGGGAGUAGCCCAUCUGCUCCUGCCGGGCCCAACGGGAGAUGCGAAUUCCAAGAUCCCCCUAACCAAUCUGCAGCGCAGGCCAGGCUGGGGCUCCUCCUCUCAGGCAAGUGUGUUGGGGUGACACUAGUCGGCCACUCAGGGGCACAGGGUUCCUGUGGAGACUUUGAGGUCUGUCUGAGGGAGGCUGCAGGGACCCCGUCCUCCGCACAGUCCCAGACCGGAGCCGGUGCAGCUCGGUCCCCAGCUCCUGUGCAUCCCCCACUGGGCGCGGCUCCUUUAAGUACAGCCCCGUCAUCCUCCACCGGGGGCAGCACUGAGCAGCCAGGCCAGGAUCCGCGCUGCUGCCUCGAAGCUUCUGCCGGGGCCGGGGACGCAGCAGUGCUGAGGACACGGAGGAGCCACGCUGGGGGUGGCACGGCCCACGGGGCGCAGCCGGAGCACUACCCAGGUGCCUCUAACCCCGGCAUGGAGGAAGCGCCCGCGUUCUCGGCCCAAGCCAGCAGCCAGGGCUGCUCCGCCCGCUGCGCCCCAGGGCAAAAGCCCCGCAAGGCAGAGUGAGCUGGAGCCGCCAGCCUGGGGACCUCUUUUAAGAUGACCCGUACGGACCCGCCGGACCUGCUGGUGUCGACCGUGUACCAGGACAUCAAGGUGGCGGCCCCGGGACCCGCAUCGAGGCGCCCGCCAUGUGAGCGAUCCGCGGCCCGGCCUGCCGAGCCCGCGCCUUUCAACAAGCGCCACUGCCGCAGCUUCGACUUCCUGGAGGCGCUGGACGGGCCAGCCGAGGAGACCAUGCCGGAGCCACCGCCCCCGGAGCCCGCCGUGUCGCGCGCCCGGGCCCGGGAGGCCGAGCCGCGCCGCCGCGCCCGCUCCAAGAGCGCGCCCCGCGCGCCCCCGGGCCUGACUCCCGCGCCCGCCUCGUCGCCGGUGUUGCCCCGCCGAGGGCGGGAAGCUCAGCGGGAAGCUCAGCGGGCGGCGCGGGCCGAGGCGUCGCGGGCCGAGGCGUCGCGGGCCGAGGCGUCGCCGCGCCGGGAGCCCGCGUACCCGGCGCUCCGCGCGCUCGCCAACGAGCUGCAUCCCAUCAAGCUGCAGCCGCAGCGGGGUGGCCCCGGCCGCAUGGCGCCCUUGUGCGCCGCCGCGGGCCGCUGCGCGCCGCCCGAGCCGCCCUCGGGACCCGCCCCCCACGUGCGCUGCCGCCUGGACAUCAAGCCCGACGACGCGGUGCUCCAGCACGCCGCCCGGGGCUCGCGGUCCUGCGCGCCCCCCGAGGCCGCGCCCUGGGCCCGCCCCGCCCCGCAGUUCCACGGCCUCACGGUGCCCGGGCCCCGCCACAUGGCGCUGUCGCGCACCCCCACGCCCAGCGACUCCUACUGCGCAGACCCCCGGGCGCUCUACUGCGACGGGCCCCUGCCUGGGCCCCGAGACUACGCCGAGCGCCGCAGUCUGGCCUUCACCACCCCGCCGGGCCCCACCCAGUUCUUCUACACCGAGGAGUCCCAGGGCUUCCGGGGCAGCUACGCGGCCAGCCCCGGGCCCACCUUCGACGCCUACUGCCCCAGGCCCUACCGUCCCGAAGAGCUCCCGGGGCCCAGUCCCCGGCGCGUGGGCGGCUACUACGCGGGAGAAGUGCGCACCUUCCCGAUCCAGGAGCCGCCCUCCCGCUCCUACUACGGGGAGGCUCCGCGAGCCUACGGCCUGCACUACGGGCCCCGCUACUUCCCGGAGGAGCCCCGGGCCCACCACACCGCCCGCCCCUUUUACACGGAGGACUUCGGGCGGUACCGCGAGCGCGACGUCCUGGCUCGGACGUAUCCGCACCCGCGCAGCAGCCAGGCCUGGGCGGACUGGGGCCCGCGCCCGUACCGCACCCUGCAGGUGGCGCCGCCGUCCGACCACGACCCGCUGCUCGCCUCCUGGCACGGCGGCACCGGCACCAGUCCGCCCCGGCUGGUCACCGACAGCCGCCACUACUCGCGCUCCUGGGACAACAUUCUGGCCCCGGGGCCGCGCCGGGAAGACCCCCUGGGCCGCGGCCGCAGCUACGAGAACCUGCUGGGGCGCGAGGUGCGGGAGCCGCGGGGCGCGUCCCCCGAAGGCCGGCGCCCGCCCGUCGUGGUGAACCUGUCCACCUCGCCCAGACGCUACGCCGCCCUGUCCCUGUCCGAGACGUCGCUGACCGAGAAGGGCCGCUCGGGCGAGGGCCUGGGCCGCAACUGGUACGUGACGCCCGAGAUCACCAUCACCGACAACGACCUGCGCGCCGCCGAGCGCCCGAGCGCCAGGGCCUGGGAGCUGCCCGGGGGACGCGCGCGGCCGCCUCCCCACGCGGCCCCCGACGGCCCCACCUCUGGCCGCCAGCGCAGCCUGGAGCAGCUGGACGAGCUCAUCACGGACCUGGUUAUCGACUCGCGGCCCCCCGCCGGCCAGGCCCCGGAGCCCGCGGCCGACUGCCUGGGCCCCCAGCUGCGCCGCCUGCUGGACUCGCGGCCGGCGGGCUCCGGGGCCCCCGCGCUGGCGCCGCCACGCUCGCCCCCCGCCUCGGCCGGCAGCGCGGAGGAGCCCGCGGCCCAGGGAGAGGCGGCCGACGCGUCCCCCGAGCCCAGCGCCGACGAGGACGACCUGAUGACCUGCUCCAACGCGCGCUGCCGGCGCACCGAGACCAUGUUCAACGCCUGCCUCUACUUCAAGUCCUGCCAUAGCUGCUACACCUACUACUGCUCGCGCCUGUGCCGCCGCGAGGACUGGGACGCGCACAAGACGCGCUGCGUGUACGGCCGCGUGGGCAGCGUGUGCCGCCACGUGCUGCAGUUCUGCCGCGACAGCGGCCCGGUGCACCGCGCCUUCUCGCGCAUCGCGCGCGUCGGCUUCCUGUCCCGCGGCCGCGGCGUGCUCUUCCUGGGCUUCCCGAGUCCCGGCUCCGCCGACAACUUCCUGCGCUUCGGCCUGGAGGGGCUGCUGCUGUCCCCCACCUACCUGUCCCUGCGCGAGCUGGCCACACACGCGGCGCCCCUGGGCAGCUAUGCCCGCGAGCUGGCGGCCGCGGGGCGCCUCUACGAGCCGGCCGAGUGUUUCCUGCUCAGCGUGUCCGUGGCCGUGGGACCCGGCGCCGCGCCCCCGGGGACGCCCGCCCUGCCCGCGCCCGCGCCACGCAGCCACGGGCCCACGGUGCGCAAGUUCGCCAAGGUGGCGCUGGCGGCCGGCAGCCCCGCGCGGCCGCCCCCGGCCCGGAGCCGCGAGCCCGACAUGGAGACGCUGAUCCUGACGCCGCCGCCCGGCACGGCGGGCCUGGAUCAGGACGGCGAGGCGGGCCGGCGCGCGCGCGAGGUGGCCUUCAUCCACAUCCAGCGCGAGCUGCGGCUGCGCGGCGUCUUCCUGCGCCACGAGUUCCCGCGCGUCUACGAGCAGCUCUGCGAGUUCGUCGAGGCCAACCGGCGCUUCACGCCCACCACCAUCUACCCCACGGACCGGCGCACCGGCCGCCCCUUUAUGUGCAUGAUCAUGGCCGCCUCCGAGCCGCGCGCUCUGGACUGGGUGGCCAGCGCCAACCUGCUGGACGACAUCAUGUGAGGCGCGGGGCCCACCCACGGCCGCCCCCAGCCCCGCCAGGGCCCCGCCUCUAACUCCCCAGCCCUCCAAGCUCCGCUCAGUGCGGCCUCCAGCUCCGCCUAGGGCCCCCCAGGCCCUCCGUCCCCGUAGUGUUCCUCCCGGGCCCCUCGCCUUCCCACCCCCCAGCACCCCCUCCCUCCUCCCGGGACCCCUCCCUCUCCCAGCUGGCCCUCGAGGUUCCCCAGAAGCAGCCGGUCCUCGCCCUCGGUGCUCCCCGCUGGGAGGCGGGGUGGGCCUGAGGACCGCCCCGCUCUGCCUUUACCGGGAGGGGUCGCCACUGCACAGGCCCCACGCCUACAGAUCCGGUCCCCGUCGGUGCGCGAGGCUCUCGCUGGAGCCUCCCCGACUCCGGUGUCCGCUAGUCCAGGAGCCCGACGUAACCAAAGCCCCGCCUCCCGCGGCUGGGUGCCUCCUCCCAGAACACCCGGGUCGACCUCGGGGCGUCCGUGCGCGUCCGGCAAGGCGGUGGGCAGGGCGGGCGGUGCGCGGUGCGUUCCCGCUGGUCGGAGCCGGUACACUGACAGCGCCAGGCGCCCUGCUGUCCCCUCGCCUCCAGCCGCUGCAGUCCGGGCCCCGCCAGAGCUGGGAGAAGCGGCAGGGAGGUCUUCAGGCCGAUAUGCAAGUCUCCCGGCCAGAGGAGCAGGGGACGUGGACAAGGAAGCAGAGCUUUGGGCCCGGCCAGAGCUGACACCUGCUGGGCCAGAGGGAGGGAGGACCCAGCGACAGGGGGAGUUCCCAGCUGGGAGCCAGCAGGGGAAAGCUCGUAGGGGUGCCCCGUGGCCGCCUCGUGCGAGCAGGUGAGGGAGCCAGCUAGUCGGUCAGUGCAGAGGCCCACCCGUGGGGUCUUGACCUGGCCCAAGAGGUCCCCGCACCCCGUACUGCGGGCGUGGAGGCGCGAGUCCCGUGGCCCGGCCUCCACCCGCCCCCAGGGCUCUCUGGAGGGUCAGGUGUCAGGGAGAGGGGAGGAGGCCAAGCGCUGCGCAGGGGCCCUCCUGGAGUCCCCAGUCCUACUUCAGAGCCAGGGGAGGGGGCACCAAGUCAGAGGCAUCGGGCACCCCCUCCUCUUGCGCUCCACGCGCCCACCUUGUCCCCGAGCGUUUGCACCGGCCAGGCAUCCCGCUUGCCCACCUGCCGCCGCACCCCCCGCCCCAGGGCCUCUGCAUUCGGCCCCACCCCUGAGGGCUGGCCAGGAACACGCCCCCAGACCGGAAUCUUUUCUAGGGGGCAAGAGCUUUCCAAGCAAGUAAAAUAGAACUUGAAUGUA